UAGCGGCCAUUUUGGUUAGCGUUGGGUGUCUGUGAGGUUUGCGAGGUGAGAGGUCCUGGAGCCCUGGGUCCGAAUCGCGGUGUCUGAACCCAGUAGGGGGAGAGGAGUUCUUUCUCACUGCCCAGAGGCGGAUCUUAAGCCCCGUAACGGCGCCCGCCGCUCCCGGCCGUGCUUUCCCCACGUACUCGGAUGGCGGCGGCCGCGCUGAAGCUCCCGGCUCAGGCAUCAUCUGGCUCCAAAGAAGAGGAGAACACACUGUGUUUGAGAGAGGAGGAAAGAGGAUCAGAGUUUAAGCUCUUGCAGCAAUGCAGCAGGGCACUGUGACAUUUGAAGAUGUGGCUGUGAACUUUUCCUGGGAGGAAUGGAGUCUUCUUAGUGAGGUUCAGAGAUGCCUUUACCAUGACGUGAUGCUGGAGAACUGGGUACUUAUAUCCUCCCUGGGUUGUUGGUGUGGAUCAGAUGAGGAGGCACCUUCUAAGCAGAACAUUUCUAUACAAAGAGUGUCUCAGGUCAGCACUCCUAGGACAGGUGCGUCUCUCAAGAAGGCUCACCCCUGUGAAAUAUGUGGCACAAUCUUGGGAGACAUUUUGCACAUGGCAGAUCAUCAGGGAACACAUCACAAGCAGAAACUGCACAGGUGUGAGGCAUGGGGGAAUAAAUUGUGUGAUAGUUCAAACCAUCAGCACCAGAAUGAGUACCUUGGAGAGAAACCCUAUAGAAGCAGUGUUGAGGAAGCAUUGUUUGUGAGGAGGUGUAAGUUCCAUGUGUCAGAGGAAUCAUCUGUCUUCAUUCAGAGUGGAAAGGACUUUUUGCCCAGCUCAGGAUUAUUUCAGCAGGAGGCCACUCACACUGGGGAGAAGUCAAACAGCAAAACUGAGUGUGUGUCUCCUUUUCAGAGGGGAAAAACUCAUUAUAGCUGUGGAGAAUUCAUGAAACAUUCUAGCACCAAACACAUACUUGUUCAACAGCAGAGACUUCUCCCUAGAGAAGGAUGUUACUGCUGUGAAUGUGGGAAGUCCUUUAGCAAAUAUGAUAGCUUCAGUAAUCAUCAGAGAGGUCACACUGGGAAUAGACCUUAUGAAUGUGGAGAAUGUGGGAAAUCUUUUAGUCAUAAGGGCAGCCUUGUUCAGCAUCAGCGAGUUCAUACUGGAGAAAGACCUUAUGAGUGUGGAGAAUGUGGGAAAUCUUUUAGUCAAAAUGGUACCCUCAGUAAACAUCAGCGAGUUCACACUGGAGAAAGACCUUAUGAGUGUGAAGAAUGUGGGAAAUGUUUUACUCAAAAGGGCAAUCUCAUUCAGCAUCAGCGAGGUCACACUAGUGAAAGACCUUAUGAGUGUGAAGAAUGUGGAAAAUGUUUUAGUCAAAAGGGCACCCUGACUGAACAUCAUCGAGUUCACACUAGAGAAAGACCUUAUGAGUGUGGAGAAUGUGGGAAAUCUUUUAGUCGAAAGGGACACCUUAGGAACCAUCAACGAGGUCACACUGGAGAAAGACCUUACGAGUGUGGAGAAUGUGGAAAAUCCUUUAGUCGAAAGGGCAACCUCAUUCAGCAUCAGCAAAGCCACAGUGGAGAAAGGCCUUACGAGUGUGGGGAGUGCAGGAAAUUAUUUAGGGGCAAGUCCCACCUCAUUGAACACCAGAGAGCUCACACUGGAGAAAGGCCAUACCAAUGUAAUGAAUGUGGGAAGUCAUUUCAGGACAGCUCUGGGUUUCGUAUUCAUCAGAGAGUUCACACUGGAGAAAAACCGUUUGAGUGCAGUGAAUGUGGGAAGUCAUUUCCUCAAAGCUGUUCCCUCCUUCGACAUCGGAGAGUUCAUACUGGAGAAAGGCCUUAUGAGUGUGGAGAAUGUGGAAAAUCAUUUCACCAAAGCUCUUCCCUCCUAAGACAUCAGAAAACUCACAUUGCAGGAAGACCUUAUGAGUGUGGAGAAUGUGGGAAAUUCUUCUUCAGUCUCCUUGAACACAGGAGAGUUCACACUGGAGAAAGGCCUUAUGAAUGCAGUGAAUGUGGAAAAACAUUUACUCGAAGGUCUGCACAUUUUAAACAUCAGAGACUUCAUACUAGAGGAAAGCCUUAUGAGUGCAGCGAAUGUGGGAAAUCCUUUGCCGAAACCUUCAGUCUUAAUGAACACAGGAGAGUUCACACUGGAGAAAGGCCUUAUGAAUGCAGACCUUAUGAGUGUGGAGAAUGUGGGAAAUCUUUUAGUCAAAAGGGCCACCUCACCCAACAUCAGCGAUUUCACACUGGAGACACAACUUAUCACUGUGGGGAGUGUGGGAAAUCUUUUAGUCGGAAGCGCAACCUUAGGCAACAUCAGCGUGUUCACACUGGUAAAAAGCCUUAUGAGUGUGAAGAAUGUGGGAAAUCUUUUGGUCGAAAGGGCAACCUCAUUCAACAUCAGCGAGGUCACACGGGAGAAAGGCCUUAUGGGUGCAGGGAAUGUGGGAAAUCAUUUCGGUACAGAUCCCACCUCACUGAACACCAGAGACUUCACACUGGGGAAAGACCUUACAGUUGCAGGGAAUGUGGGAAAUUAUUUAACAGAAAGAGUCAUCUUCUUGUUCACGAGAGAGUUCACACAGGAGAAAGGCCAUAUGAGUGUGACGUAUGUGGGAAAUUAUUUGGCAAUAAGAGCUGCAUGACUAUACAUCGGAGAGUUCACACUGGAGAAAGGCCAUAUGAAUGCAGUGAAUGUGGGAAAUCAUUUCCUAACAACUCUGCGCUUCAUUGUCAUAAAAGAGUUCACACUGGAGAAAAGCCUUAUAAGUGCAGUGAAUGUGGAAAAUCCUUUACUGAAAGUUCCAGUCUCACUAAACACAGGAGAGUUCACACUGGAGAAAGGCCUUAUGAAUGCACCAAAUGUGGAAAGACAUUUCAUCGAAGCUCUGCCCUUCUUCAACAUGAGAGAGUUCACACAGGAGAAACACCUUAUGAGUGAGUCAGUGUGGGAAAUCCUUUGCUGAAACCUCCGGUCUCAUUAAACACAGGAGAGUUCAUACUGGA